AUGCCAGCCGUGCGAUCAAGCCCUCGAAAGAGAACAAUCAAGACUGAAGUAACUACUGUUGCUGAAGUUACCACUCCUAUUACCCAGACAUUCAAAGUAACAAAGAAGACAACCACAACCACUAUUACAACUAAACCAAAGGCAAAGAAGGUCGCCGUACGAGAUCCAACGCCUGAUCUCUCUCAGUUCCCCCAUUCGCACAAACACAUCAGCCAACAGACCCAAUACGAUGAAGUAAUGGAUUUCUUGUCAAAGAGGGAUCCCAAAUUAGCCGCAUUGAUAGCGAAGACGCCUUGCAGACCUCUCGUACCUGGGGAAGCACGGUCUGAAAAUAAUUACUUCAAAGCACUCGCAAGAUCCAUUAUAUACCAACAACUAUCUGGCAAAGCAGCUGCAUCCAUCUACCGGAAAUUCGUGAAACUUUUUUUUGAUAAUGAUGACGAAGAGAACUUCCCAACAGCACAGCAAGUAAAAGAUACGCCUGCUGCACGUCUACGGGAAGGCGGAUUAAGUGUGCGUAAAGGAGAGUACUUGGUAGAACUCGCUAGUCGAUUUGCAGAUGGUAGUAUCUCGGAUGCCAAGUUGGAUGGUGCUACUGAUGCGGAGAUUGAUGAGAUGUUGACAUCUGUGAGAGGCAUUGGACAGUGGACGGUCGACAUGUUUAAGAUCUUUACCCUGAAACGCCCGAAUGUCCUCCCCGUUGGCGAUUUAGCUGUACGUAAAGGAAUGGCUAUGCACUUUGGCAUUAGUGGCAAGACGACUACGUCCAAGUCUAGUAGUAGCAGCAACAGCAAAGUCUCAAAAAUCUAUCUCCCAACACCAGAAGAAAUGUUUCAACAUGCUGAAGUAUGGCAGCCGUAUCGCACUGUUGGAUCAUUUUAUAUGUGGAGAGUACAGGAUACGAAAUUGAUGGACGAGGAAGACGAGUGA